AUGACAGCACACUACGGCUCUUCCUUGUUUAACCGCGAUAUCCCGAACCGAGAAAAAGAACCGGGGAAAGGGCAGUGGUUCAUUUUUUCUCCCCAGGCGACCAGUCUUCAAUUCUUGAAGCCCCAAAAGGUCCCCAGCAGCACAGUGGGUUCCAGUCAUGUCCAUCUCAAGGCCCAACUGGAUUGGUUGUGCCCCAUUCUCCAUCGGGCCGACGGCUUAUCAGCUACCAGCUGCGUGACACCAACAAGCAGCCACCAGGUUAAUCCGGGGAAUCUGGAGAAGACCUCAUUGAUUCAUGAGAAGAAGAAAAGAAAGAAAUCUGCAAGAUUUGCCAAAUACGAGCACGAUCUCAGCCUCAAGGUCAGCAGUGGAGCAUUGUGGGGUCAUGAUACGACGUUUGGCAAACAUCGCAUAGUCGUCGUCAAACUCAAACGCAUAAAUAAUCGGGUCCUUGAGCUCAUUUAA